UUCUUCAUUUACCACCCUUUGCCUCGGUAUGUACUCAAAAUGGAGAGAUAAAAUUAACUGACUCAAAUCAAUUCCUCCGCCUUUGUCAUACAGCAGAAAUCUGCCAGAACGCAUCCUAAGUGAAUCACCCGUGGUCUCCCAGUCUCACGCAGUUCGCUUAGCUCCGGUGUUCCUAUCUAGACGAGACAAGGACAAAAAAUCUCGUGAAAACACCGUCGACAAGAAGGCAUCGCUGAAAAACACAAUCAUCAACGCUAAGAGUAAAAGACUAAAAUCCUCUUUCAAGCCACCCUCCAGUAUGCCUGAUCAGAGUCAGGAUAAUAUCUUUCAACAACACAGUGAAGUCGGGGAGGAAAACACAGGCAAGAAUGCGGCACCAAAAGUGGAUGAGUUUGUCAACUUAUUGAACUUGGAGAAAACCACGCAGAAAGACGUCUUGAGGCAGAUCCAGAACGCCAGCACUCUGUCCCUCAGUCUGCUUUUCCUGAAUGGGCAGGCUCUUGUGAACACGUUCUCUACAAACCACGAUAAGACAAAAGGUCUUCUAAUACAUUCCGAGGAUUUGUCAUAUAAAACACUAUACUUACCUUUUGAGUCGAACGGUACUGACCUCAUCAGGCAGACAAUGUUGAAGAGCUUGUCCAACGAGAACUGCAUGAAAACGAUUGUGAACAGCAAAGAUUUCUUGAUAGUUUUACAUCGUCACAUUGGAGUGGAAAAUGACCAUUGCAUUCGCUGUGAGAAGCUCGACGACCCUGUUAUCGCUAGUUGGCUACUGCAGCCAGAAAACCCGCCCUCCACCUUCACAGACAUGGCAUCCCUUGUCGCCUUUUCCGGUACCGAGGACAUCAACGACACCAACUGGCACUCUUGUCUGAAGCAUGUGGCUCGUCUGUCUGCUGUGUUAAAGGAAGAGCUGUUUAGGCGACAACUGCUCACACUUUACUCACGGGUUGAAAUGAAGCUUGUGCCUUUGCUCGCCUGCAUGGAAACACGAAGUGUCAAGAUGGACACAAAACUUCUUGUCCGCUUUUCUGACCUGCUUAAAACCAAGCUAGAAAAACUGGAACAACAGGUGUACAAGGAAAUUGGUCACACGUUCUCGCUUACCAGCCACCCACAGCUACGACAGGUUCUGUAUGAGGAGCUCAAACUGGACCAGAAACUGACCGGUAAGGUAAAGAUAGGAAAGACAAGCGUAUGUCAGGAGAAGUCCACAGGGGAAUCUACUCUACGCCUACUGGCCGAGGUUCAUCCCUUGCCGUCUCUGGUACUGGAGUACAGGCAGCUCCAGAAACUCAAAUCGACCUAUGUGGACGGCAUGAAGGCGUGUGUCCGUGACGGUUCACUGUCCACUCACUGGGACCAGACAGCCGCAGCCACCGGUCGUCUCACCUCCUGCCAGCCCAACGUCCAGGCGGUGCCCAAGGUUCCAGUCGUCGUCACAGACUACAAGAACAGCUAUGUCUUGGGUGAUGAUGAAACUUGUAGCACAGAAAUCUAUGCCAGAGAACCCUUCGUGGCCGCCCAAGGCAAUGUAUUCCUCUCUGCAGACUUUCAGCAGAUAGAGCUCCGGAUCCUGGCUCACUUGUCAGGCGACAGUGCUCUGUUGUCCAUGUUCUGGAGGCCCCAAGCGGGGGACAUUUUCACUUCUCUCUACUCUCAGUGGCACAACAAGCCUAUAGAGUCUGUGACGUCAGACGACCGUGAGCAAACUAAGAGAAUGGUCUACUCAGUUAUGUACGGAGUUGGAAAGGAAAAGUUAGCAGAUUAUCUCAAAGUAAAAGCAGAUAUCGCCAAGGAAAUCAUGAACAGUUUUUUGCGAAAAUUCCCGGCAAUAGAAAGCUUCUCUAAGAAGUGCUGUGAGUACGCUGAAGAAUUUGGUUACACAGAGACGUUGUGCGGCAGGAGACGGUACUUUACUCACAUCUCCCACAGGGCACCAGGACCCAGGGCCUACGCCCAGAGGCAGGCGGUCAACUUUUGUGUGCAAGGCUCAGCCGCUGACAUCUGUAAAAUGGCUAUGCUUGCCGUAGAGGAAAAGUUGAGAGAGAAUUCUCACCUAAGAGCAAGGUUGCUCUUACAGAUUCACGACGAGCUGCUGUGGGAGCUCCCCGAGGACCAGAUUGAGGAGACCAAAGGCCUCAUUCAGAGAGUGAUGGAAGACCCCCGAGCUGUGUGCGGGGAUCUGUGCAGCCUCCAGGUACCCCUGCCGGUCUCCCUGAGUGUCGGCAAGUCCUGGGCGCACCUCACACCUGUCCAGUCCCACCCACCGCCCGCUCCACUCUGAAGGCACAGCCGGGCAUCAUUGGUGAUGGAGAGAAAUAUCUGAACAAACAUAGCCCAUAAGUUUGUGAAAUAAAGGCUUUCCUCGCUUCAA